AUGCCACAUGUCAUCUCUCAAACAUCCAUGAUGGCCCACCAUCCUUUAGGGGUGCUUUCCAACAAGAACAUCUCUUCAAGUAUCAUUCGAGUGAUGUUGAAGACACCAGGUGAGCAGGAAGACUUUAUGAUAGCUAAUGACACUUAGGUGAGGCAGUUCAAGGAGAAGCUAUUGGCUCACUUUAAAUGCCAAAUGGACCAACUAGUACUGGUCUUCAUGGGCUGUAUUCUCAAAGACCAUGAUAGACUGAGUCAGAGGGGCAUCCUUGAUGGCCACACCAUCCACUUAGUCAUCAAGUCUAAACAGGGCUCCAGAUUCCUGGCCCAUUCUUCCUGGAACUUGCCGACCAAUGAGUCUUGCCACAGGGACAGAAACACCAAAGGAAAAAGCAGUGGGGUAUAUAAGCCUGCUGGUAUGAAUCACACCCCAGUGGAAGCAGCCCUCUUUGUGGAGUCUGAUGCACCCCAGGUGCAUACCCAGGACCCAGCAGUGGGUGCUCCUGAGCAUAUAGCACAGGUGCUGGAGAGUCUUAGCACCCAGUGGCUUUGGUCCACCAUGGACCUCAUGGGACAGUUCAUCUCAGAACACCCAGAAAUGCAACAACUGGUGCAACAGAACCCAGAAGUCUCACAUAUCCUUAACAAUUCUGAGAUCCAAUGGAAGACAAUGGAGUUGGCCAGGAACCUGGCCUUGAUUCAAGAGAUCAUGCAGAUCCAGCAACCUGUACAGAAUCUUGAGAAUCCACUGAACCCACUGUCACAACUGGGUACAGAGAUAAUCCCAGGUGGGGAUAAUGCCCUGGGUCAGAGCUAUGCUGAUUUCAAUGACCAAAUACUCAACAGCUCCCAACAUCCCUUUGAGGGGAACCCUUUCACAGCUCUCCUGGAAGGACAAGCCCAAGAACAAGUCCAGUCCUCACCCCCAUCUUCACCAUCAUUCCAGGAAAGGCAGGACCAGAUCCCACAAUUCAGUAUAACCUAAGACAUCUAUACUAGUUACUGUGGUUUCCCUCCAAUCACCUCAGUCAAUGUUACCCCGAACAAGGUGAACCAUACUUCUAGGGCCAAUACUACCACUAAUUCCACCAAGGGCCAGAGUCAUACCUGUGACAUUCUGAAGCAGCUGGGGGUACCAGCCUUACCUCACUCAGAGCUCACACAGAAACCUCAGGCAGGAGGUAAAGAUACCACCAUCUCUAUAGAUAGCUCUGACCAGAGGUUAGAGGAUGAUCUCCAGUUGUCAGAAGAGCAGGCCAGUUCCACCCAGGUCAUAGAAAGCAUGGUGCAAUUGCUUUUGAACAACCCUUACCUGGCAGUCCAGAUGAUGUUCAUGAAUAUGCCCAAGCUGAAUGAACAGUGGAGGCAGCAGUUUCCCACCUUCCUGCAGCAGACACAGCUUUCUGACAUGCUUAUAGCCCUAGCCAACCCUAAGGCAUCUCAAGCAAUAUUGCAGAUUGAGCAUGGUCUGCAUCUGCUGACCACUGAGGCUCCUAUUCUUCUGCCCUGGGUUGCACCUUUCCUCUGGGGCUUUGGCUAUCUUCCUUCACCCAGCUGCAGCUACCCUGACACAGUGCCCUUGGCUUGGGAUGUGUCAGAUAUGGCUAAGCCCAAAGGGCCUGAGUGCAGUGACAAAUCUGAAACAGUCAUGCAGAGGUUACAAUCUCUAGCUGAAGAUUCUGCCCACCUUCUACAAGCCCCUGAGAUUCAUUUCAGCAAGCAAAUAGAAUCUCUUCAGGCCAUGGGAUUUGAGAACCACCAUGCCAAUCUGCAAGGACUCAUUGCCACUGAAGGGGACACCAGCACUGCAAUUCGCAAGCUCAAGAGAUCCCAGGGAUUCUAA